ACACCUUUCACCGAUUUAAAGAACACACAGCAUCUGGCACUCAUCAAAAACGAAGACAGUUCAUUUCCCGAUUCCCCGAUAGUACUUAUCUUUCGAAACAUCUGAAAUCAGAGAGAGAGCCGGGAUAGUGGUGAAAAUAGAGAGGAAGAAAUUAUUGGUGGUAGUGGACAAGGUGUUGGGGCAGAUGUCAGCGAUUGUUUGGGUUGGAGUUGGUGUCGUCAGCUGGGGCUGAAGGAGAGAGGCUGGAGGGAAAAAAAGACUUGACUACCUCAGUGGUGGUGUUAUCCCUGGGUCUAGGACCACCUCGCCAUCAGGAUGCCGGCGCCUAUGCCCGUCGGAGGCCUUACUAUGGCGUCGUUUGCCCUGACGGCGGCCGUCAUAGGCAACGCCUACUACCAGAAGCGACAGUUCUAUCCGUCUGUCGUGUACAUCACCAAGUCCAACCCUAGCAUGGCGGCAAUCUACUUGCUUGCCUUCACACUGGUCAUCCUCCUUGGAAAAUUCCUUAAGAAGGUCUUCUUUGGGUCUUUGAGGGCAGCAGAGUUUGAGCACCUCGUUGAACGUUCUUUUUAUGCAGUUACUGAGACCUGCUUAGCAUUCACUGUGUUCAGGGAUGACUUCUCUCCAAAAUUUGUAGCACUUUUCACCGUGCUAUUAUUCCUCAAAGCCUUCCAUUGGCUUGCAGACUACAGGGUAGACUUCAUGGAACGAUCACCAGUGAUAACAUUACUAUUCCACAUCAGAGUUAUUUCUUUGCUGCUGCUUUUGAGUUUACUAGACUUGAUCCUGGUGAGUCAUGCAUACCACUCGACUAUAACACGUGGUCCAUCAGUGCAGCUGGUGUUUGGCUUUGAAUAUGCCAUCCUCUUGACUGUGGCACUAAAUAUAGCAGUGAAGUACAUUUGCCACACAGUUGACUUGCAGUCAGAGAAUCCAUGGGAGAAUAAGGCUAUGUAUCUGCUUUAUACUGAACUUUGUAUGGGUUUCUUCAAAGUGGUGCUGUAUGCAGUGUUCAUGGUCAUUAUGAUUAGAAUUCACACCUUCCCGCUCUUCAUCAUCAGGCCAAUGUACUUAACGAUGAGGUCUUUCAAGAGAGCACUGAACGAUGUGAUUCUUUCAAGACGUGCAAUUCGAAACAUGAAUACUUUAUAUCCAGAUGCUACACCAGAGGAACUGACAGCCGUUGACAAUGUUUGCAUUAUCUGCAGAGAAGAGAUGAUCACAGGUGCAAAAAAACUUCCAUGUGGUCAUAUAUUUCAUGCGUCAUGUCUGCGAUCAUGGUUCCAACGUCAGCAAACUUGCCCAACAUGUCGAAUGGACAUUUUACGACAGCCACAGCCUUCCCCAGCCAGUCAGGGUCAAGCCCCACCACAAGCUGCUGCUCCAGCACAGCCACAGACUCCCCCACCACAGGUUCCACAACAGGUUCAGCCUCAAGCCCAGCAACAGAUACCCAAUCCAUUUGCUGGCUUGUUUCGUGGUAUGCCCAUUCCAAUGGGGCCACCUGUUGACCUUGCCCCAUUCCCAUUUGCACCAGUACCAGUGCAGCAAGCUCAGCAACAGGGACCAACAACUUCAUCUAGCACAUCCACCACCAGUGGAGCUACGAUAACUAGUUCGUCCUCUACAACUACAACAUCAGCUGCAGCAACAGGGGGAAGCACUAACCAGCCAGGAAGCGCUAUUCCAGCAGCAUCAUUCAACAUGAUGCCACCAUUCUUCCCACUGUUUCCCUUCAAUAUUCCUCCUCCUCCUCCUCCUCCAUUGAAUUUCUCAGCAAUGACAGAAGAGGAGGUACGCCAGCUGGAGGGCAAUGAAAGACAGCAUGUUGAAGCCAGAAUCCAAGUACUGAGAAACAUUCAAACAUUGCUCGAUGCUGCUGUUGUUCAGAUGAAUCAGUAUGCAUCCAUUGUAUCAUCACUUGAUAAAAGCACUCGAAUCAACACUGCUUCACAACAGUGCCCUAAUCAAACAGCUGCAGCAUCUGAGACAAUGGUACCUCCACAACAACCGACAAAGUCUACAGAUCAGACAGAAGACACGAGCCUCUUGGUUACACCAUUGCUUUUUUCGCCCGAAGCUAAUGAUUCAUCAUUUUCCAGCAGUGAAGAGCCUUCUACAUCCAAACCUGAAGUUGCAUCAUCAUCUCCCAGCAAUCUGGACAGUGGUCAAGCGGAGUCUGCAUCUUGGUUAGGUGCAACCACUGUAGCUGACACAUCCCCUCCUGACCCAUCAGAUCCAGAGGAUCCAGAAGAGAUCAGGAGGCGGCGACUAGAACACUUCUCACAGAACUCCUAGGGUAGCAUAUUGUUAUAUUUCAGCUAUCAUGUUGUUAAUUUCCACUCAUCAGUUAUUUCCAGAUAAUUUGUAAAAGAAAGUGACACUUUAGAUAUUCAGUAAUGUUGGGUUGAAGAGUCAAAUACGUACAUUAUAUUUUGAAUUAUUACUUUUUCAGUAUUUAAUGUCAUUGAAAACUAUGUAACUUAUGGGAUUUAUAACAUACGUUGAUUACACAGAGUGUGGGAUGUUACGUUUUAACCCCUUGACUGUCGCAACCCCCAAUCCUGAGGUGUCUCCUGGUGUCGCAAAAUUUAAAAAAAAAAAUUAUUUUUUCUUAUGAAAUGAUAGAGAAUCUUUUUCCGAUUGUAAUGAUACCAAAAAAACAAAAUUUGAUGGAAAACUGACGGAAUUACGCUCUCGCAAAGUUAGCGACCUCGGUGAUAUUUACAAAUUGGCGAUUUCGCCCACUUUGAGCCCUAUUUUCAGCUAAUUCCAUUGUUUCAGUCGACCAAAUUCAUAGCUAUUUCUUUAGAACUCCAUUUUUUCUAUCAAUUGAGUACAAGAAACUGCCCAUUUACUAAUUUCAACUACCCAAUAACGUGGUCAGAAAUUUGCAAUUUGGCCAAUUACACGAAAAUUAAAAAAUAUGACAAUUUCAAAAUAAGGUCCAGAAUGAACAAGGCAGACAUUCCUGGCUCUAAAAUAACAUUUUCUUUGUUCAUCGUCAUGUCUCCAGGCCCCUCUGAUAUUACUCUUGCUUUCUAUUUUGAAUUUUUAUUCAAACAAAAAAUAGAACAUUUACUAUUAUGCAGACUACUGCAAUACUGUAAUAAUUGUAUAAAUAACAUCAACCCAUUCAUGACUGCAUAUUAGAAUGGCUAGUUGGACAUUUAUUGGACAAUGACAUCAUUUGUUUACUUUUGAACAUCGGCAAAAAAUCAAACAUUUCCCCUAUUUUGAGCUCCAUUUCCAGGUUCUUUUUAUAGUAAAAUCAAUCAAAAUUACCUCUAUUUCUAUAAUAUAUUUUCCAUUCUAUCAAAUGAGACCAAGAAAACGAGAAUACAACCAUAAAUACCACACCUACCAUCCGACUUACGACCGAGUUCAGUUCCGAGAAACCGGUCGUAAGUCGAAAUGGUCGUAAGUCGAACUUUACUACUGAAUAUCAACAAAACAUUUUUGUAAUGACUUUAUUUUAUUGUUUUAUUUUGGUAUUUCAUGUUUUACUUUACUUUUUAUGUUGUUAGUUCUGUAUUUUAUACUGUAAGGUUUAGGAUAAACACUGUGUACAACACAAAUAGUUGUUUAUUUCCCAAAAAUUUGGCAUAAAAAACACGGUCAUAAGUCGAGUGGUCGUAAGUCGAGCAGAUCGUAAGUCGGAUGGUAGGUGUAUAUGAAAAUAGACCACAAAGUCGGCAUUUUAAUUAAAAAAAAAAUGGUCGAGUUUUGUUUUUCUCAUUAUGCACUGCGUGCUCCAGGAUUUUUUUUAUAUGGUGCACACUGACCCAUUCUCUCACAUGUGGGUCUACCAGCUUUCUCCUUCUUGAUUUGAAGCCGCUAGAAUUUGAGUAUACUAUAUACGUCAAACACGGUACCUCGUAAGACGUAUAUAUACGGCCGCGACAGUCAAAGGGUUUAUGGUAUUAUUUUCAAACUAAAGUAAAAGAGAACAGAGGACUGCAAACUUAGUUGGUACUUUUGCUCAGGAGUAUUGAAACUCUUUUAUAUAGUAUUUACUUCAGUGUAAUUUUUUUCUCCCUUAUUAUGGCCAGAAUUAUAGGGCAGAGUAAAACAAACAAACAAAAAAAAUAACUUCUGUACAUUGUGAAACUGGUACACAGUAGUGAACACAUUCAUUUUCUUAGUCUAGUUCAUAAAUGGUUGUACAGUAUGCACAUCUAAAAAUUUAACAUUCACUGUGUACUGGUCUCUGGUAGUUUUUCUACAAAACAAGGAUUUUAAUGGUGACCCACACUGCCAAAGUAAUGCCUCAUAAGAAGUCUUGCUAUGUUUCACAAAUUAGAAUCAUUUAAUCCAGUGAUGGAAUUCUGGUGCUCUCUCAAUAGCAAUAUCUUCCUAUCCGUUCUACUGAUUGUAACCUCAUAUCAUAGAGUAUUACUAAAGCUGUGCAUAUUCUGCACUGACUUCAUAUUGGUAUGUGAAUUAUUACAUCCUGGAGGAGUUGUUUCACAGUGUGUAAAGGAUUAUCUCAUAUUUACUAAAUACUAAUAAAAAUUGGGGACAAGUGAUGUUUAUAUCUGCCAAGUAGUUUUGGUAUCUACCCUGUUUUAAUUUAAGUACCUACCUGCAGUAACAGGAGCAGUUGCUCAGUGUUUGGUUUUCAGUUAUACAUUUAUUGUUCGAAGUUUUUAAAAUUCCCACUGGUUUUGGUAAUUUUUUGUUAUGUAUUCAUACUUGUGAAGAAAUAUUUUUUAAUAUAUCUUCCACAUUCAUACCCUUGUUGGUUUAGUGCUUUUUGAUUGUAAUAAUCUACAUUCUUAUGGUUUUUAAAGUUGUCUUUUUUGUAGGGAGAUGAGCUCUAGGUCUGGUUCUUCUGUAACUUUCAGCAAACUGAUGUGAUAGUCAUGUAAUUUGUAUUUGAAUCCCUGAAUGGAGUUUGCUUACAGUGUCAUUGCUCAGGUCAUUCCACUUAUUUAGUAGGGAGGAAAAACUACUACUAAUGUCCCUGUGGUUCAUUUGGGCGCUUAUUUUCCAGCCAUGCCUUCUUGUUCUUGUUGAAUUGCUGGCAAUGAGCUUAUCAUUGUCUAUUCCACAGAGUAUUUUAUGUUGUGAUAAUAUCCCAUAUAGUGACAAAAGACCUAUUUUGCAUUUUAUUAGGUGAGGGUACUCUUAGUAUGUGCUAUAGCCAUUGGAAAUUUUAAAAAAUUAUGACAGUGCUUUAGAAGUGACAUCACAAACAUAAAUAAAUCUUGUGUAUUUCAUCACAGGACAAGUGAAUUCUUGUGUACUAGGUACUUGUAGUUGUUCAUACAAGUAUUUACCUUUUGUUGUCUAGCCAAGCCAGUGAAUACAUUAUCCUACCUGUGGUCUAGAAAACAAUGAUUGUUUUGGUGCAACUAAAUGUUAAUCAUUAAACCUGAUAGAAGAGAAUACAUGUUAAAAAUUAGCAAGGUCACUUGUUAUAAGAUAAUAUUUAAAUUUCAUAAAAUUAUGAUCAAUUUGUAAUUGGUGUUACAUAAUGAGAAAGUAUGUUUAAUCAUAGGUACAGACUACUUUAAAUUAAUAAUGCAGAUACAUAUUUUGUAAAAUAUAAAUUGUUUUAAGUCGUGUACAGAAAGCAGACAUUAUGAGGGUAAUUUAAAAAGCUAAUAAAUACUAGAUGGAUAUAAUAGUGACCAUGAGCAAAUGUCAAUAUUGUAGUUCUGCUCUGCCCUAUAAUUUGUUGGGAUUGGUCUUGUCAUCGAUUUCUUUAACGUGCUUUCCUGCAGUUGUAAGCCGAUUUCUAGUUUCAGAUUUUUUUUCUUAUUUCUGAAAAUCAUUGUUUCAGCAAUAAUAGCCUAUGGAUAGGAAAAUUUGUCAGUGGGCCUGUUAAUUAUUUUUGUCCUUUCACUAUAUUUAAAUUGAUUCUUAACCCUUAAACUGUCCAAACGUAGAUCUACGUUUUUUCAACAUUUGAAAGUAUGUAAAAAAGUAGAUCUUUUUUUUUUUUACGUUUGAAAACAUGUAAAAAACUUUGAUCUACUUUUUUUUUGUUAUAUGUAUUUGAAAAUAUGCAAAAAAAACGUAGAUCUACUUUUGAAGCACUACGCAUGUGAACGUAGAUCUGCUUGGACAGUUUAAGGGUUAAGGAAAUGCCAUUUUUUACUUAAACAGAUUUAGUGGAAGAAAAUACUCUUAUUAAUAUGGGUGUGUGUGUGUAUAUAUUUUGAAGUUGAAUUGUAUAUUUUAUUUGAAUUUGAAAGGAAGCAUGCUUCAUAUGCUUGUUAAAAAAUUGAGCUAAGUCUGUUCCCAAGCUUUCCAUUUUCUGGGUAUUGCUGUCCUUUGGUAAACAGGAUGCAGUUUAUACAAAGGUUGUAACACAUUCUGCAUUUUGUAUAAUAAUUUUCUGGGUUGGUUAUCACUCGGAUUGGGAAAUAAGUGAAAAUUUAAAGCUUGUACCCAUUAUUAGUUUCAUUUAGCCUUGCACACCUCUUUGGCGUGGUGAAGAGGCUCUUGGUCUGAGGAAUUAGACCUGUCGGUCUCCUUCCUCAGACCGAACCUAAUUACCCCCCAAUCCCCCCUUCCCUAUCCCAUCCUCCCCUUUUCCCUUUCCUCCUCCUCCUCCCCCACCCCCACCCCUCCCUUUUGCCCUUCCUCUUUUUGGCCUUUGGGAUUUUUCCCACAGGCGCACUAGUUCCUAGGUAGGGGAAAGGGUACCAGGGUCCAUCCCAUUCCGUUAAGGUUCUUGGCGGUGGCGUAGUUUGCCGUGGAAUCUGGAUCGCCUAGGGAUGUCCCGAUCCCUCUCCGGUAUCCCGGAAAGUGCCUUUGGGUGUCUUUCGGGUGACGGGUGUAUCUCUGGAAGCCACCUUUCGGAUUCUGGGGGUGGUGGCCGAAGGAGGUAUGCUUUGUGGCGGAUAUCCGGCUGCCCUCUCUUUUGUCCACCGAGGUAGCUCGGCAGAUGUGAGGUUGCUAUCCCGGAUUGCUGGUUUACUGGCAUGAAGGGUAGGGUAUGGCACGGGUUCCAUGUUGCAUCUGCGCUACUAGCGGCGCUGAGGUCCUCUUGGGCGCGGAGGGAGAUUUCCGGCCCUUUCAUUCCUCCUGGGAACUAUUCCUCCCCGCUCCCCCCUUUUUUUUUAUUUUAUAUUUUUUAUUUUUAUUUUUAUUUUAUUUUUUUUUUCUUAAAAACAAAAAGCAAAGGAGUAACCUAACCAUGGAGAACCCAAUCCAUGAACCCACUACCCCCAGGCCCCUUCUUGAUACCGCACCCCAUUCUGACCCUGCCUUGUUUUUUGACCACUCUUCGGACACUCCUGAUGCCCCUGUACCUCUUGCUGGUGCUGUUUCCUCACCCGCUUCAGGUACCGGGGCUUCGACUGACUCCUUCGAUUUGUCUGACCUCCGCUCUCCUUUGACUAUGCUUCCGGCCUCUCCCUCUACGGUACGGCAAUUUUCGAAUCACCAGCCCGUUUCACGACGGACCAACUCCGGUCUUACUCCUAAACGCCAACGACAAUAUCCUGAUGAUGUUCCUUCGUUACCUUCCCAUUCUACUCAGAAAAGACCGACACGUCAUGCACUCCCUCUCCAUGCUUAGUUUCGGACCACACAAUGGACUAAAUUCUUUACUUUAAGACGGACUACUUCUUCUGCCUAUCUUUCUGACCAUAGUAUUGGCAAAGCGCUCCUGCGCCAUGUUGGUGGAGAUAUUUCAUUUCAUGCUCUCGAGAGCGGUACGUGCAUCGUCACUGUCCAGAAUGCUACCCAAGCUCAUGAUCUUUCUCUCCUUUCGCAUAUCGAUACUACUCCUAUCACUAUUGAAAAACAUCUUUCUCUCAAUUCUUGUGGUGGUACUGUCAUUCUGCCCCAUACCAUAGUCCAACAGAAUUUCCAGUCAUGUGGCAGUGACAUUCUUGAACAGCUGGAACUCCAGGAUCUCCCAAUCCUCAAAGUAGACACUUAUGUCCUUCCUGCCCGCGGGUGGAGACAUUACCCUUGCAAUGUGGCUCGAUUAACUUUCAACAGCCGUGAACUCCUGUCGUGUUUGUCACAGGACAUCGGUUACAAGUUCGAAAGGUGAUCCCUACACCCCAACAGUGUAGAAAUUGCUGGCGUUUUGGUCACCCAGCGAAAUAUUGCAGAUCUAUAGCCAAAUGCCCAGUCUGUGGUGCCGACGACCAUUCUAAUACAUCUUGCAGUCAACCUCCAUCUUGCCUUAAUUGUAAUGAGGCUCACCCUUCGUACACUCGCCAUUGCCAGGUCUACUUAAAUGAGCGUGAAAUCCGUUGCCUCAAAGAGGCAGAAGGUCUCCCUUAUGCUAUGGCAGUUACUCAUCUCCGCCUCCAAGGGAGACUACCCCGUGUUUCUUAUUCUCAUGUUUCAAAAUGUCCCUCCACUUCUGGGGUCCCAUCUUCUGCAGCCUCCUCUGUUGUUACCCCUCCCAUAGCCACUCCAGCAUCUAAUCCAUUUGCUGUCCUUGGUUCUGACGUCCCGACUACAACUCGGUCUGUUCUCACGUCUUCGCGUCCUUCCUCAUAAGCCCCGGUAUCGACAAGACCUCGUACGACACCUUAUACCAAUCGCCCCUCUACUUCACAGAAGUCCAAAAAAUCCCCAUUGCUCAAAUCUUCUUUGCCCCUUCCUUCCCUUCUUCCACCUCCGCACUUUACCUUUCCAGUCUCUGUGCCUAGUUCUUCCCCUCUCUCUGGCUCUAUUACAAGUGUGGAGGUUCACCCUCCUCCUCGUACUAUGCUUUCCACCCCCGUCCCCUCCCAAGUUUCUCCCUCUUCUGCCACCUCCCAGGUUUCUGCCUCUUCUGUCCCCUCCCACACUUUUUCUCCAGUCCCCUACACUCUUUCGUCCCCCUCUACUUUGAUACAGUCCAUUACUGUCCAAAUCUUUACUCGCCCUCCUCCUUCUACCUCCAAUAUUAUCUCCCAUACAUCUUUGAAUUCAGAAACACUUGAAGCCAUUUCAGAAUAUAUUGCAGAGACUAAACCUUCAAUGGACACUGAUCCACCUCCUGUUCCUUCUCUUCCCUCUCCUCCAUCUCCACAACUCCAUUCUUCGUAAUGCUCCAUUCCUUUGCUGCUUGAACGUCUUCCAAUGCCACCACACGUUGACUUUUCUAACCCCUCUAGUCCAUAGGUGCCCUUCCCUACGGAUUCCUGGUAUUUUCUUCAUUGCCAAUCAUGACCUAUUUACAGUGGAAUAUCCGCGGCCUCGGGUAAUCGGGGUGAGCUUCAGAUGUUGCUUUCCAGGUUUUCCCCUGUUGGUGCUUGCUUACAAGAACCAAAAUUACACUCGGCUGCUUUCCAACCUAUCUCAGGCUAUAAUUUAUUGUAUUCUUCGGAUCCUUUCUCAGAUGGGACCUUUAAUGAAAGUGCCCUUCUUCUACACAAUGAUAUUCCGUACUGUCAACUAUUUGUCCAUACCUCGCUGCAUUACAAUGCAGCCCGUAUCCACUUGAAUAAGUGGUUUACAAUAUGUUCUUUAUAUCUCUCUCCUUCUCGAGCAUUUUCUAUCCCAGAUUUUGCCUUUCUCGUUUCAUCCUUACCACCACCACUUCUGUUACUUGGUGAUUUUAAUGCUCACCAUUUCCUCUGGUUGGGGGGGUCUCAUUGUGACUCAUGUGGCAUCCAGUUAGGCUUUUCUUGCCUCUCACCCCCUCCAUGUUUUAAAUACGGGUACUCCCACUCAUUUUGAUCCUUGUAGUCAUACUCUCUCUUGCAUCGAUCUAUCAGUCUGCUCUUCCUCCACUGCACUAGACUUCACCUGGUCUGUUCUACCGGACUUAAAUGACAGCGAUCAUUUUCCAAUCAUUCUUACUUCUCCUUCAUAUUCACCACCUUUCCAUAGCCCUCGCUGGCAAUUUGAUUGGGCAAAUUGGGACCUUUACUCGCAACUCACUGCUUUUAGUGAGGUUCCUUCUUCAUCCUCCAUUGAUGAGCUCCUACACCUCUUCUCAACGUCAGUUUAUACCGCAGCUUCUCAUUCUAUACCCCAAACCUCAGGCAGGCAUUCUCAGAAGUGCGUGCCUUGGUGGUCUCCUGCUUGUGCUCGUGCAGUACGUUUGAAAUGCGUUGCAUGGGGCAGGUACCGGUACAAUAGAACCAAUGAAGGACUCCUUGAUUUUAAGCAGAAGUGUGCGAUUGCUUGCCGUGUCAUCCGUGAUGCUAAACGCACUUGCUGGCGAGACUAUGUUUCCACCAUCACCUCUGCUUUCUCUGAGUGCAGUCUGGAAAAAAGUGAGGAAAUUGAGUGGUAAAUACUCUCCUGACCCGGCUCCUGUUCUACGGGUCGCCGGUAUUGAUGUAGCAAACCCUCUUGACGUUGCCAUUGAAAUUGGCACUCAUCUGGUCCGUAUUUCCCGGGGGCUCCAUCUAUGCCCCUCGUUUCUUUCCUCAAAGUCUGCCAGAGAGUUAGUACCCUUGGACUUUGCUUCUCUCAGAGAAGAACAGUAUAAUGUGCCUUUUACACUUCAGGAACUUUUUAACUGACAGACAUUUCCAUGUUCGAGUCAAUAAUGUGCUUUCCCCGGACUUCGUCCAAGCUGAAGGUGUCCCUCAGGUAUGUGUUCUGAGCACAACACUUUCUCCUUGCUAUAAAUGAUUUGGUCUCUGUUCUUCCACCCAAUAUUUGGUCAUCACUCUAUGUUAAUGACUUCGCUAUUGCUUGUGGAGGUGCUGACUGUCAUCUCAUUACAGUUUCUCUCCAGCAUGCGGUUGACCAUGUUUCCACUUGGGCCACCACGCACGGGUUUAAAUUUUCCAGUACCAAAACUCGCCAAAUUACUUUCACUAGACGCUCUGUCAUCUCCGAUCAUCCUUUGUAUCUCUAUGGCUCUCGUAUCCCCGAACGUGAUAGUCAGGUUUCUAGGCCUUUUCUUUGACCGUAGGUUAACCUGGAAACCUCACAUUACCUCUCUGAAGGCAACUUGUAACAGCCGGCUGAACCUUCUUAACACCCUUGCUCAUCUUUCCUGGGGAGCUGAUCGUCGAAUUCUGCUUCGCCUACAUUCAGCCCUCAUUUUAUCGAAACUCGUUUAUGGUGACCAGAUUUAUUCAGCGGCCUCUCCUGCUACUCUCUCUAGCCUUAACCCCAUCCAUCACCAAGGAUUACGUUUAUGCCUUGGUGCUUUUCGCUCUUCCCCUGUUGAGAGCCUCAAUACAGAAGCGAAUGUUCCAUCCUUGUCUGAUCGCCAUGAUGCCCAUUGCCUUCGCUACUAUGUACGCUCUCACGAUCUCCGCAAUCCUUCCAUUGAUAGAAUGGUCACCGAUAUUAGUAGACAUUCUUUAUUUGUUCGCCGCCCCUGUUUGCUCCGUCCCUUUUCUCUUCGCCUACAUUCGCUCUUGUCUUCCCUUCAGUUACCACCUUUAUAUGUUUAUGUAGCAUCUCACUUUUCCCUACCCCCCUGGGAAGUUCCAGCUGUUCGGGUCUGUUCUUUCUCACUCCCUUGCUCGAAAGCCCAACUGCCUACGGUGGCUUCCCGCUCUCUUUUUCUUGAUCACUUCCACUCUCAUUCUCAUACCAUCGCUGUGUACACAGAUGGCUCUAAGUCUUCAGACGGCGUCAGAUUCGCAGCAGUGUUUCCAGACAGCGUCGUGUGGGGGCAUUUACUAUCUUCAGCUAGCAUUUUUACUGCUGAAUUGUAUGCCAUUCUUGCAUCACUUAUUCGUAUCGCAUCUAUGCCUGUGUCAUCAUUUGUGGUAGUCUCAGACUCCUGUAGUGCUCUACAGGCUAUACAAAAAUUUGAUACACCUCACCCCCUAGUUCUCCAUAUCCAACUUUGGCUAUGCCGUAUCUGGUCAUGUCGACGUACAGGGCAAUGAACAGGCAGACACUGCUGCACGGUCAGCAGUACAUGACUUACCAAUUUAAUAUAGAGGUGUUCCAUUUCUGGACUAUUUUGCUGUAAUAGCUACCCACCUUCACACCCGUUGGCAACAAUGUUGGUCAACUCUGCUCGGCAACAAACUUCAUUCUAUUAAACCGAGCAUAGGUUACUGGCCGUCUUCUUGUCAUUAGUACCGAGGUUGGGAGACCACUCUCUCUCGCCUUCGCAUUGGCCACACUCGUCUUACUCAUGGGUAUCUCAUGGAAAGGCACCCUGUUCCUCUCUGUGAGCAGUGUCAAGUUCCAGUAUCGAUUAGCCACAUUCUGUUAGACUGCCCUCUCUAUCAACGAGCAUGCAGAAUUUACCUCCAACGUCAUCUCUGCUCUACUACUCUCUCUUUACCUUCCCUUCUUGCUGAUGGACCCUCCUUUAAUCCUGACUCUCUCAUUGACUUCUUGACAACGACUGAUUUACCCCACAAACUCUGAUGAUGAUACCUUUCGCACUCCCCUCAGCCCUUUCUAGUUCAGUCUCUUGCUGCCCUUACCCUUUCACCAUCCACUGCCCCGCUGUUCUCCAUAACCUACUACUCAUCCAUCUCCCUUUUGCCACCUGAUUGAUGCCCUUGCCUCCUUCCUGCCCUGCAGUGCUGUAUAGCCCUUGUGGCUUAGCGCUUCUUUUUGAUUAUAAUAAUAAUAAUAAUUAGCCUUGCACAGUACAUUAAGUUUUUUGUUUAUUUUACAGAGUAAGUAGGUAUACAGCUGAAUGUUUUAUAACCUUGAUGUAUAAUUGAAUUUUUUUGAUAUGAAAAAUAUAGAAUGUAUAUUUCAAGAAGAAAUAAUAUGUAAUUCAAGGUGCAUCACUCUAGUAAUAAUUUUUGUGAAAAUGUAAAAAAAAAAAAAAAAAAUUAUGAAAGAAUAAAUUUGUGGUCUUUUUAUUUUAAUCUAAAUUUGAUGGUUAAAAAGUUAUUAUUAAUUUUACAGAUUCAAUGUAAAUUUUGGUUUACACACAAGUUUAAAGUGGUAAAGGAGUAAUUUUUGUGGUGAAUUACAGUAUUAUGAAAAGUCAUUACAUAGAUUAAAAUUGGAUAUAAUAGUUAUUUACAUAAAAUAGCUAGAUUUAUUUGGUAUUUUGCUGAGGAUAUUAUUUUCUGAAAUUUGUAAAACACACACCUUUAUCUGUUAUAUCCCCUCAUAACCUACUUGUACAGAACUUAAUUUAUACAGUAAAGUCUUGUACCAUGGAUUCUUAACAUUACUGAGAGCCAAAGCAUAAUUCUUCAGUGCUAUAACUAUAAAAAUGGGGUUUUCAGUAAGUAAUGUAUUAUAAUUAAAAUAAAACUAAGUGCUAAACCCACAAGGGUCAUACAGCACUGCAGUCAGUACUAUAAGGAAGAGCUUUAUUCACUUUCUGGUAGCCUGACUCCCUAAAGUUGAUUACUUUGUGUGAAGUUAGAGCUUCUAGUCUCUUCGCUCUUCCCCUGUUGAGAGCCUCUACGCAGAAGCGAACGUUCCAUCCUUAUCCGAUUGCCGUGAUGCCCAUUACCUUCGCUACUAUGUACGCUCUCAUGAUCUCCGCAAUCCUUCCAUUUAUAGAAUGGUCCCUGAUAUUAGUAGACAUUCUUUAUUUGUUCGCCGCCCCUGUUUACUCCAUCCCUUCUCUCUUCGCCUUCAUUCGCUCGUCUUCUCUUCAAUUACCACCUUUCUAUGUUCAUGUAGCAUCUCACUUUUCCCUACCCCCCCCUGGGAAGUUCCAGCUGUUCGAGUCUGUUCUUUUUCUCUCCCGUGCUUGAAAGCCCAACUGUCUGCGGUCGCUUCCCGCUCUCUUUUUCUUGACUGCUUCCACUCUCAUUCUCAUGCCAUUGCAGUGUACACAGAUGGCUCUAAGUCUUCUGAUGGCGUAGGAUUCGCAGCAUUGUUUCCGGACAGCGUCGUACGAGGGCAUUUACUAUCUUCGGCUAGCAUUUUUACUGCUGAAUUGUAUACCAUUCUUGCAGCACUUACCUGUAUUGCAUCUAUGCCUGUGUCAUCAUUUGUGGUUGUCUCAGACUCCCAUAGUGCUUUACAGGCUAUACAGAAAUUUGAUACACCUCACCCCUUAGUCCUCCGUAUCCAACUUUGGCUACGCCGCAUCUUUACCAAGCAUAAAGCGCUGUAUAGCCCUUGUGGCUUAGCGCUUCUUUUUGAUUAUAAUAAUACCAAGCAUAAAGAUAUUGUUUUUUGUUGGGUCCCUGGUCAUGCUGACACUGCUGCACAGUCAGCAGUACAUGACCUACCAGUUUCAUAUAGAGGUAUUCCAGUUACGGACUAUUUUGCUGCAAUAGCUACCCACCUUCACACCCGUUGGCAACAACGUUGGUCUACUAUGCUCGGCAACAAACUUCAGUCUAUUAAACCGAGUAUAGGUUACUGGCUGUCUUCUGUCACCAGUGUCGAGGUUGGGAGACUACUCUCUCCCGUCUUCGCAUUGGCCUUAAUCAUCUUACUCAUGGAUAUCUCAUGGAGAGGCGACCUGCUCCUCUCUGUGAGAAUUGCCAUGCUCCAUUAUCAGCCACAUUCUGUUGGACUGCCACUUUACCAACGAGCACGCAGAAUUUACCUCCGUCGUCGUCUUCGCUCUGCUGCUUUCUCUUUACCUUCCCUUCUUGCUGAUGGACCCACCUUUCAUCCGGACUCUCAUUGACUUUUUGACAACAACUAACUAACUUCACAAGCUCUGAUGCCUUCAGCCCUUUCUACCUCAAUCUCUUGCUACCCUCUACCCCUGCACUAUCCCCUGCCCCGCUGUUUUCUGUAACCUACUAAUCAUCCCUUCCCCCUUCUGCCGCCCAAUGCCCUCGCUUCCUUCCCUACCCUGCAGCACUGUAUAGCCCUUGUGGCUUAGCACUUCUUUUUGAUUAUAAUAAUAAUAAUAGAGCUUCUAGUUGCCUAUGACCCUAGUGGGUUUAGUGCUUCUUUUUGAUUACAAUAAUAAUUCUAGUUGCCUAUAACUAAUUUUUUUUUCUAAAUUAUUGCCUUUUCCAGCACCUGUACUCGUUCUUUUUAAAGCCUGGACAUUAGCUAUAGACAAAUUUUUGUAUACAUUCUUUUCUCAUUCACAGUGUACAAAGUUUCACAUUUACUUUACAUUAUCAAACCAUAUUCACAGAACUUCUCUAACAUUGCCAUUGAGCACAGUCAUAAAAAUCUUGCUUAGCCACUAUUCUGAGACAGCUGGCCAGGGUAAAUGUAAUUGUUUUUUGAUGGGAUUCCAUUGACAUGUCAAUUUUCCAAUUUUUUGCUUGGGUACCUAGUCUUAAGAAAUUGCCAUGCUUUAAAACAUAGAUUUGUCAAAGUGUACACCCCUUCAUAUAUAAAGUUUAAAAAAUGAAUAAUGAACCUGUAGUGUACAAGAUUUUACUGUAAUUUAUGGUUAUACAUUUCUCAAGUUAUCCAUUAAGGGACCCCUCUGUCAGUCAUGUCACUUCCUCUUUUUAAGCUCAAUAGUAUUUUCUUUUAUUGCUCUAUCUGGUCUUAAUAUCUGGUGAGAUAUUUUCAUCAUGGUAUAGAAACUGUAUUGUAAAGGUAUAUUGCAUUUCUGGAAAAUGUGUUCAAUAAAUAUAUUUAUUAUG